AUGAUGAUCGAAGAAGAUAUGGAUCUUUCCAUGAAGGUCAUUGUAGUUGGUAACGGGCAGGUGGGGAAAACCUCAAUGAUCACGCGGUUCGCACGGGGUGUUUAUACGCAGGAAUAUAAGAAGACGCUAGCGGUGGACUUUCUGGAGAAGCGCAUGUGGAUUGAAUCGGCAGGAGAGGAGCUCACGUUUCUUCUGUGGGACACUGCUGGUCAGGAAGAGUAUGACGCUAUCACUAGAGGGUACUAUAAGGGAGCAGGAGCUGCGAUCAUCGCCUUCUCCACUGUUGAUCGAGCUUCAUUUGAAGCUGUCGAGUCUUGGCACAAGAAGAUCGUCGAUGAGUGUGGACAAAUUAUCAUGCUACUGGUCCAAACUAAAGUUGACCUCAUAGAUCAAGCUGUGUUCACAGCACAAGAGGCUGAGUCUCUCUCACGAAAGCUUCGGAUACCGUUGUAUCGGACCUGCGUGAGCGCAAACCUGAACAUCGAAGAUGCAUUUCUGGCAUUGGGAGAGAAGUUCCUCGCAAAGGGUGCCCAUCGCAACCACCAGAGCGUCCAACGUAUGUUUCAGUCCGUCGAUUGCUCCUUGGGGUAUGUAUAG